AUGGAUCUUCCCAACGAGAUCCUGGGCAUGGUAUUUGACCUUUUAGAUCCACCGGAGAUUAUAUCGAUGACCCUGGUCUCUCGAGAACUUUAUCAAGUUUCAUUACGAUACCGUUUCCGAGAGCUAUCUUGGAAUCUUUGCCCAAAAUCUGGGUUCCGGCUCUUGACACAGCCCCCUCCAGAACUGCCAUUCGCACAUUUUACGCGAGACCUCCAUCUCUUUCAUUGCUUUAGGAAAAAUCCCAAAAAGCGAUGGAGUUACAAACAGCUAUGCCCAUGCAAACCGGACUCCGAUCCGAACCAGUAUAUCUCCACCGAUGAGUUCUCUGGGAUUAUCGAUAGUUCUAGAGUUUUACGCGGUGUCCACCUUCAUACAUACGAUCUUAGAGCCUACAGCUUCCUUUUAGACCGAUUACGGGCUAGCAAACCCCUUAAGAGCUUAACUAUGAAUCUUUCGACAGAAAUUUUCGAGAUCCCUGAUUCCCAAACCGUUUUGAAACAAGCCCGUAACCUAGAAGAGCUGUCUGUUGCUUUCCCUUGGAAAGAUGCCAAUGAUAACUGUAUCGCCGUCUUCAGUACAAUCUGGGAGCUCAUAGCUCUCAAUCGGGAAACAUUAAAGUCAUUAAACCUUGGAUGUUAUGAGUCGAUGUCCGAUGAUCGUACAGUACAUAACUGGCAGUCAUCCAGUUUGGAGCAAUGGUCUAAUAACCGUCAAGAGUUGCGACUCAACGAGCUAAGAAUUUUUCGAUCUGUCGAGGUAGCUUAUGAGCUCAAAGUUAUACAGUUUUUCGCUCCAGAAACACUGACAACCUUUAGCCUCGUGGAUGCUCCGGGGUUUGACGAUACACUUAUGAAAUUGGCGAAAGAAAAACGGUUGCCAAAUCUUAAGGCACUCGAGUUAUGUCGAAGUAUUUCCAGGGUCUCGAAAAUUUGCCGGAUUGUGGGGCGUUUACCCCCUCUAGAAAUCUUAAGUCUGACUUCUUGGAGAUACCAAUAUAAUGUGGAACCUGGAGAUUGGUUUGCAUUUAGAUAUCUCAAUAGACAUAAAGAUAGCCUAAGAGUGCUUUGGCUUGAUGUGUGGCCUGAUGCCUUUACUGAUCUAAGUUCGAAUUCCGACGUGGAUAAACCCUCCAUGUGGCGGAGACUAUACAAGCCAGAUCCAGAUAAUCCCUUCGAUUUUAGCGAUUACCCACAGUUGAGAGAGCUGGCCUUACCUGAGACUUUGGAUGAAUUGACUGAAGUUAUCCCUGCUCCACAGCUGCAGAGGUUACGUUCGCUACAACAUCGAAGUAGUACAAAGUCUCGAACAAUAAACUAUGAUGAGCCUUUUAAAAACACAUGCGCAUCGAUUUUUAAAAUUAUAGGCGACCGUCAGAUCGCACAGAAAAGACGAGAAGCAUGUCAAGCACCACCUCAACCCGAUGCGCCUACUGAAUCAUCCAUAGCACCAAGUAUUCCAAUUUUCCCAUCCCUAGAUGUUCUGAUAGACGGUGAAAUGGCUCUUGAGCAGGCGGAUGCGCAUAUGGAUGUGCCGAAAAUUUGCAGAGCGGAGUAUAAACACUUAAAGCCAAACAACAUUAACGAGAGGGAUAAAAUGGAACCUUCAGAUUACAAGACAUCGCUGAAAGUGGUUUCGGUCAGACAGUUCUGGAGGCAUUGGCCUGGUAGUUGUUUAUUCGGUCAUGCUAGGGGUCCUUGGGCAUGGAUUGGAAGACCAUUUCCGAAUGGGAGACAUACGGGCAGGGAUUGGAUUUUUUAA